AUGCCAUUCAGGAUGAAAACUCCACGACGGUCCAUCUAUUUCCUCCUCUGCCUCAUACCGCUUGUCAAGGCUUACACGGUUUUCGAGACUAACUGUUCUGCUCCCGGAACCCCGGCAAACUUUGUCUCGUCCCCCAACGCUCGUGGCACUCUUGACAUACUAUGGGGUUCACUUUUUACAAUCCUCGCUUGCACGUGGACCCUCCAACAUCCCAACAUCCCUAAGCAACGCGGCACUGGCGACCCUGGAAGACUGGAAGCACACGAAGAUUACAAGGCAAUGCAGGACAUGGCCGCGGAAGAUGGUGUUGCUUGGAGCCUCAGCCAUUGCUAUUACGCAAACAUGGGAGGUUUUGUCAUACGAGCGACACCUGCGGAAGAAGAAUAUUUUUAUGAGCUAUAUCAUCUCAAAUGCAGAGGGAUAUGUGAACUCCGAAGGAGAGGAGAUAUCAAGCGUCUGCCUGAUAUCGCGACUGGAGACAUCGAGGACAAAUCGAAAGGCGACGUAUUCGUCAAAGUGAUCGCGCUUGGGCAGAUUCUCUGGUCGGCCUUCCAGAUCAUUGCGCGACUUGCGAGACACCUUCCUGUCUCGCCGCUCGAAGUGGCCGUCGUGGCCUUUUCUGCCUGCGCAGUCAUGAUAUACGGACUCUACUGGGACAAGCCACAGCGUGUUGGUGUUACGACUACUAUUCUUACCUAUGAUGGAGUUAUUCCAUACGAUGUGCUUGCAGCGCUGGAAAGGAUCCAGCAUUCUACGCGAGUGCUAACGUCCAAGGACCCUCUACCUGGUGCGCCGAUUAGCUUUAACUCUACCAGAUUCGUGAGCUAUAGCGGCAGCGUCCUAGCCAACGUUAUUACAGCUCUUGGGGGGGCUGUGUUUGGUGGAAUUCAUGCUAUUGCGUGGAACUUCACCUUCCCGUCAACAACUGAGUUGACCUUGUGGAGAUGCGCAAGCAUAUGUACUGUUGCAAUUCCCAUUUGCAUCUGUUCUCCUUACCUCAUGAGCGACGGAACUGCUGAGUACGUGUAUGUACUCAUACUUGGUUUGAUAUGCCAUCGGCCUUUUCUCAAUCAUAGAAAUGGGCUCACCAUCAGACCAUCACGAUAA